CUUUUAGGCUUUUACUGUGAAAUGCAAACGAGACUGUUUUCGCAAAACUUUCUUCUUUGCUUUCAUUUGGGAAGUUCAGCUCUGAGCUCUGUGAGAGAUGGAGGAAAUAGUAGAAGGGGACGGGUCGGGUGCGGGCAGAUACACGCUGAGACCAACGAGGCUAAGCAACGAGGACAUUCUGUUCUGUAUAGAUGUUGACCCAGAGUCUAUGGUGGAGAUGAAAGCCGCGAUGGGCCCAAAUGGGCGACCUUUAACCCGCUUGGACUCGAUCAAGCAAGCCAUACUUGUCUUCAUCAACGCCAAGCUCACCAUCAACCCAGAGCACCGAUUCGCCUUUGCCUGUCUCGGAAAGUCCGCGUCUUGGCUUCGGAAAGAGUUUAGCAGUGAAGUCGAUUCUGCUAUUGCUGCAUUUCGAGUACUCUCAGCUACUUCAUCUUCUAGUAAUGCAGAUCUUACCAGUCUAUUUCGAGUAGCAGCUCAUGAAGCAAAGAAAUCUCGUGCUCAAAACAGACUUUUAAGGGUGAUUCUUAUUUACUGUAGAUCAUCUGUAAGACCAAAUCAUCAAUGGCCUGUGAACCAGAAACUCUUCACUCUGGAUGUAGUUUACCUUCACGACAAGCCUGGACCUGAAAACUGCCCUCAAGAGGUCUAUGAUUCACUUGUGGAUGCCCUGGAACUUGUUAGCGAAUAUGAGGGCUACAUCUUGGAGAGCGGUCAGGGAUUAACUCGAGUUCUCUUCCGUUACAUGUGCAUGCUGCUAUCACACCCUCAGCAGCGUUGCCCACAAGACCAUCUGGACAUACCUAAGCCUCUUGCGAAAAAGUUGCCGGCAGCAGAUUCAACGACUACUGAUGAUAGUAUUAUAACUGUGUCCGGCAUAUCAGAAGUUCAGAACAUUAGAAAUUAAUUUUACUGAGGUCAUUUUGCUUCUAAAAGUCUCAUAUGUAUGUAGUUUGUCUGAUGUUGAUGUAAACCUCUUGUUGAGUGAGAAUGAGUAGCCGAUUUGAUCUUGGUCCUAUCUGUCUGUACAAAUUGUGAAUGUUAUGAAUCCCAAUGUUUAUUUUAACCUA